AUGGUGGGCACAGUAAUUAUCACUGGUGCAACCGGCUCGCUCGCACUUGAAGCCGUGCAACAGCUUCUGUCAUUACAUCCCUCGUCGACCAUUGUUGGCACUGUCCGAAAUGCAACAAAAUUCCCUAAGAGCCCAUACUUACUUCGACUGGAAAAAAUUAAGCACCAGCACCCUUCCAGCAAGCUCUUGAUCAAAAGUGUGGAUCUGAACUCUACUUUAGAAGUACGAGCAUUCUCGAGCGAAAUUGCUGGCCUGAUAGAAUCCAAUGAACUUCCACCCAUUUCCGCUAUCAUUUGCAAUGCAUUUACAUGGUCGCUAGAUGGUCAGCAGUUUUCCAAAGAUAUGUUGGAAUCUACAUUCCAAGUCAAUCAUCUUUCGCAUUUCUUGUUGGUUCUCCUACUUCUACCGAGCAUGGACCCCGAAACCGGUCGAGUGGUUAUGCUUAGCUCCGAAGUUCACGAUCCUGAGCAUUCCAACGCGCUGGCAAAACUAGGCGCAGAACUUCCUCCUAGUGGAAAUCUCGAUGUAUUGAUCCAUCCUGGUGCAGACGAGGCCGGAACAGAACAUGAUAUGGGUUGGCAACGGUAUGCAAACAGCAAACUAGCCAAUGUCAUGUUUAUGCAGAGCUUGAACCAACGACUUCAACAGAAUCCUAAAUUCCGCAAGGUUACUGUGACUGCUAUGGACCCAGGUGGCCUUGUCAACUCCCGGGCCCACAUUGUUCAGCGUCCAAUCACCCGUAUUUUGUUUGGGCUAUUAUCGCUUUUACUUCCAGUAAUCAAGCUUUUUACUUACAAGCUUCGGUCAAAUUCAGAAUCAGCCCGAGAUGUUUUAGCGCUGGCUUUGGACCCUGAGUACGAAUCAGUAAGGGGCCAUUUCAAUGGAAGGAUGCCUGAACCCCCUGCCCGUAUAAGCAAAGACGAGGCGAAAUGUGAGGCUCUGUGGGAGGCUUGUUGGAACUGGGUUGAUAUGGAAGAAGGAGAGACAUGUGUUCCUAAGACUCACCACCGUUAG